AUGGCAUCGAUCAUCGUCCUCCUCGUCAGCCUGGCGUUAGCUGCCAUAUCUCAUGCCGCAGCACUGGUCGCCAAUUACCCCAUUAAUUCCCAGCUGCCACCGGUUGCGCGGAUCUCUCAACCGUUUCAAUUUGUCUUUUCAGAAAACACUUUCUCUCACGCUGAUUCAUCGACCAAGUACUCGCUCAAGGACGGUCCAUCAUGGCUUCAUGUCGACAGCGCUAGCCGGACCCUGUCAGGCACGCCUGAUUCACAUGGCAGCGGUGCAGAAUCAUUCGAAUUGGUAGCCUCCACCGGGUCCGACUCGGCUAGCAUGAAUGUGACUUUGAUCGUGACGUCCGACGCAGGCCCGACUAUCGGUACCUCCCUUGUGUCUCAACUGCGGGCGUAUGGUCCUGUGUCUUACCCUGCGACGCUGAAUUUACAUCCCGGACAACCAUUCCAUAUUCAGUUCGACCCUGCCACGUUCCACAAUACUCAUCCUUCCACGAUCUAUUACGGCACCUCACCAAACAAUGCGCCUCUCCCGUCAUGGAUUACUUUCGACGCGGCAUCGCUCAGCUUUGCUGGAAACACACCGUCCUUUCCCGGAUCUGGCCCUCAGUUCUUCACGUUUCAGCUGGUCGCCUCAGAUGUGGCCGGAUACAGCGCAGUGAACCAGACGUUCGAGCUUUCCAUCGGUCCGCAUAUGCUAGCUUUCAACGAGACCGUGCAAAUUUUUAACCUGAAAAGAGGGGAGGCAUUUCACAGUCCCUCCUAUGAGAAAUACAUGACACUCGAUUGGUCACCGAUUGCCCGCGAGAACAUUGUUCUGGUCGACGCCGCAGUCCCGGACUGGUUAACUCUAGACAAACAAUCAAUUUCGCUAAUUGGCACCCCGCCAAGAUCCGCUGUGAAUCAGAACAUCACAAUCACUGCGACAGACAUUUAUCACGAUGAGGCCAAGAUUUUGGUCCGUCUGGAGUUUCUGGAGCUUUUCGUCGACACGGUCUUGGGCUGCGAGGCCUUCAUCGGACAAGACUUUUCCUACGUCUUCAAUCAGUCAGUCCUGACCGACGAUUCUGUCCAGCUCGACGUCGACCUCGGCGAUGAUCCUUCGUGGCUCCGCUACGAUCCCUCUAGCAAGACGAUUCACGGACACGUGCCGUCGGAAACUCAGCCCAAAACAUUGAAGAUUCACUUGCAGGCGUAUCAGGGGUCUGUGAAGAGUCAACGUGACUUUGAAAUCCAUGUGCUAUCGCCAGUUCAGCCUCCAUCGGGGACUGGGACAGGUACGAUACCAGAGACCCCCAGUCCUUCGACGCAAAAGGCAGGCAUCAUCGCCGUCUCCGUGGUCAUUCCGGUCGCUGUGAUACUCAGUUGUAUCAUCCUGUUUUGUUGCUGGCGUCGCAGAAGAAAGUCGACCACGACCGUUGAAGAUGGCAAGGACGACAAAGAGGCGAAAGCCGCUCCUCCCCGCCCGGCACGUCCCAAUCUCCCUAACUGCGAGCCCGGUGUGGCGGAAAGACAUUCGCAGGAUGAUCCUCCCGAAGACUGGGAGAAGAGCCCUAUUUCGCCUCCAUCUGACCUCCCCCGACUCGAGCUCGGUCCUGCAUGGAAUGUGACUCCUUUUGAUCCACCAGUGGAAAGUCUGAUGUUCAUCCCUGAACCUAGUCCUCCCCCUCGAUCACCAAAGCGAAGUGCAUUUGUGCCACUUCGCGACCCACCCAUUGAUGAGAACAAGUCGGUCGUCGACAAGUCUCCUGCUCGGAAGCCCAAUCAACGCUUGUCUUUCACUGCGAGUCCACAGGGCAUGCGUCGACGUACCAGCGCGCGUUCCCGUCGCGAGCCGCUGAAACCCAUUCAAGCGCGAGCUAUGAAGCGGGAGUCGAUGCAGUCAUCUCGGUCAAAGCGAUUUUCCAGGCGCUCUAGCGGCAUCUCCACGGUCGCCGCAGGUCUGCCGGUGAGAAUGAGUGGCGCUGGACAUGGCGCUGGAGGGUUUGGACCUCCAGGCCACGGUUUUGUGCGAAUGUCAUGGCAAAAUACCAAAGUGUCCUUGAUGACCGAGGACGGUACGAUGGGACCUGUUAUGCCAGGGUAUGUUCGACCUGCCGUGGGUACAGGAUGUGUUCGGUAUAGCAUGGUUGAGAGUAUCCCGGAGAAAACAAAGUCUACGACGAUUCGUGCCGUCGAGCGUGAUGAAUCUCCCGUCUCCGAGGCCGACUCUCUGGAGGCGUUUGUCCACAGUCGCGCCAAACACCGCAACUCGUCGAAUCCGCUGUUCUCCGCACAGAUCAGUCGUCGGCCCUCGUCGGCGCUGCGCGCUCUGGAUCGAACCCGUAGUCAGCGCAGCCGGGCCGAUACCGUCUCGAUUUCCACGUUCAGUGAUGAGUAUCGACAAAGCAUUCGUGGUCGACCCUAUUCUACUGCAAUGUCCGCAUCCGAGUAUGGCGACGAUAAUCGGGUGUCUCAAUAUCAACCUCUCGCAUAUCCCACUAGUCUGUUCCCUCUCGCCGAGGGUGUCGGCAACAGCCAGAGUCAACUCAGUCUAGCACAAGAUUACCGGGGGCCAUCUCCCCACUGCCUCGGUUCUGGAGUGAGAACAGUCUGGCCAGUGCUCGCCAUAUGGGAUCGGAUUCCCACCCGACAGACGUGUCUGUUCCGCGCACGCAUCGACACUCGAUCAUGCCCGCCAGUUCUUCCAUGA